AACGAGAAUAAUCAAGCCCAAGAUAAUCCUCCAGAACGCGAAGAUAUGGAAGAUCAUGAUGAACCAAGCUGCUGGUUUGAACACCCAGAGAAACGACCUGCGGAUUGGAAGAAUAGAAAGAAGGUCAAUGAUGAUGAUGCCGCUACACCUGCCACAGUGCCUACGAUGCCAGGCCCCAGUGCCUAUAUGAUGCCAGGCCCCAGUGCCUAUAUGAUGCCAGGCCACAGUGCCUAUAUGAUGCCAGGCCACAGUGCCUACGAUGCCAGGCCCCAGUGCCUAUAUGAUGCCAGGCCCCAGUGCCUAUAUGAUGCCAGGCCCCAGUGCCUAUAUGAUGCCAGGCCCCAGUGCCUAUAUGAUGCCAGGCCACAGUGCCUAUAUGAUGCCAGGCCCCAGUGCCUACGAUGCCAGGCCCCAGCCCCAGUGCCUACGAUGCCAGGCCCCAGUGCCUAUAUGAUGCCAGGCCACAGUGCCUACGAUGCCAGGCCCCAGUGCCUAUAUGAUGCCGGGCCACCGAUUGCCCAUAUGAUGACCUAUGCUGAUGACCUAUGCCGAUGA